AUGGUCACCAUGGUAAAUGUAACGACAACCAUGUCACCAGGCGCUCCUAUCGCCGAGGAAGAGCGCACAGAGUUGCUUGGUUCCUUGACGACGCAGCAACAACAACGCACAAGUGCGAGGGUCAUUAAAAAGUUGAAGCUCGAACCACAGACUGACAAAAGGGAUGCAACAGAAUGCGAAACGCCAAACAAAAUCGACGACAAAGAUCCGCUGAAGUUUCCAACUGUGAAACAACGAAUGCCCAAAGCCCUGUGGUCCGCCGACGAGAAGAGCUUAUUUUUCGAAGCUCUUAACGAAUAUGGCAAAGACUUUGACGCAAUAACAGCUUACAUAUGCGCUAAGAUGAAGAAGAAAGGCAUGUCAGAUGGAAACCUGAAAACUAAGACUCAAGUUAGCCAUUUCUAUUACAGGACUUGGCACAAACUCUCCAAACAUGUUCAUUUUGAUGAAAAUGUUAAAAAAGUAGCUCAAGAGUUAUACGCUUUAAUCAACUACGGAGAACUUCGUCGGAAGCUGGCUUCAGUGAAUGAGAAGACAUGCGCUCGGCUGGGAGAGAUGGUGAGGGGUGGCAGCAUGGCGGUUAGGGCGAGAGGGAAGACCCUGAGAGUAAGAACCCCCAUGUGCAGAGCUUUGAGGAGAUUAAAUCAGAUUGCUGAGCGUGCGUGCGGCGCUAGAGUGUGCUCGCGCGCGCAAGUGCUGCUGCGUGCGCGAGACGCAGGUGCGUGGGCGCGCGUGCAGGCGGCCGCACACAACCCACGAAUGGCCGCAGCUCUACCUCUACGAACGAGACUCGUUUCCUUUUUGAAAGCUUUGGAAAAGAGAUGGAAAUCUUCAAAUUACAAGAACCCUAUAUCAGAAAACGGCAUUGAAACAAAAGUUAAUGAAGACCAAAGCAAAGAUUGUGAGGAAUAUCAAGAGAUACAGAGGGGAGAAUGCGAGGAAGGUCUCGAAGAGCAUCUGAACUUGCAAACUGAUAGAGUCAUAGUACAAGAACAGCGUCUAACUAAAAAACUGUUCUUACAUCUUGGGCCCAGACCUGGCGUGGAAGUACACUUGCCUGUAUUGAGUCCAAGCGAGCAACUUUCCAGUCAAAAAAUCUGUUUUUCAUCCUAUUUAGAAAGAAUGGGCUCGUUAAGACGAGAUAAAGAAAAUGGAGUAAAAAUUCGCACACCGAAACGUCAAAGAAAAGACAGUAUUUCUGACAAAGAUAAAGAACCAGAAAAGAAGUUUAAAAUAGACGAUUCAGAAACAAACAAACUCAUGCACAUAGACGAAACAGCAAUAGAUGGGAUCGAACUUAUGGCUCACUAUAAACACAAUCAAGAGGACGAAGAGAAACCAAGUACAGAAGAUGAGAAAGAAGUCAAAUCUGAGGAAACUGCUGAGGAGGAGGUCGACCGAGAUGUGCCGGAAAGGGACAAGGAUAUGUCAGAGAAGGAAAAAGAUAGUUUUUCCGAAAUGGAAGACGAUGAAAAGUAUAAUAAAAGUGACACUGAUAAUGAAAGUGAUGGCAGACCUGAUAAGAGCCAAAAGACUCAAACAUUUAAACAAUUAAAGGUAAAAUUCCGAUUACGGCCAAAGCAACGUGGCGGAAGCGUCUACACUUUGAUUCUUGACAAUAACAUUGAAGAAACAAAAAUUGAGGAAUCAAAGGUUGAAGAGUCUAAAAAUGAAGGGUCAAAAGUUGAGGAAUCUAAAGUCGAGGAGUCAAAAGUGGAAGAAAAAGAAGAAGAAGCCAAGCCAGACAUAGACGUAGAUAUGGCGACCAGGCAGAUAAGGAAAGGAUGGAGCGUGUACGAUGCGGGAGAACUUACUAUUGGAGAUUUAUAUUUAAUGUUCGGAUCACGUUCGAAACUUGAGUUGGAUUAUUGGUGGGCUGAGCCCACUCCGCCUUUGCCACAACCUUUCAAAUACCAUAAAACAGAUGUAAGCAAAAGUAUAGACAAUAGGGAAAAGGGCAACAAGACACCGGAUAAAGGCGAUAGCUCAGUGGAAGAUGAGAGAGAGAAGAGGGAGAGUGACAAUGAUAUAUUUUCACCCAAAAAUACCUUCAGUCAAGAUAGCAAUGAUGGGAUGUCCGGAGAUGAAAGAAAAAGUGAGCAGCUGUCAUCCCCAGACCACAAGUCAGGCAGUCUGAAGCUAGUGAGCAAGUUGAUCAACCGGCCCGCGCCGCCCGCCGCCGCCCCGCCCGCCGGCGACGCGGUGCUUACUGACAGACUGAAGCGGCUGCUGGCGCUGGCGGGCAACGCGCACGUGCCGCGCGCCGCCGCGCCCACGCCCGCGCGCUGCGCCUGCGGCCACGUGUGCGCGCACAAGAAGCAGGUGAAGCAACAGCCGUGCAUCCCGACGCCGGUGACUCUGUCCUCGAAGCUGCCGGAGAGUCCCUCGACUGUCUUCAGGCACCCCACGCCCAUCGCGCCGAGGCCUGACGCUGAGGGGCCGCGCCCCAUGUGCCUGGAGGGGCUGCCGCGCUGGCGCCGCGGCCGCCCGCGCGCCGCCGACCGCCGCGUGGUGCAGCGCCUGCUGCCGCUGCUGCCCAAGCUGCCGCCGCCCAGCAAUCUGAUCCCGGUGAAGAUCCCCCGGCAGCCGGCGCCGCCGCCGCUGCCGCGCCUGCUGCCCAAGCCGCCGCCGCCGCCGCCGCUCCUCACUUCCACUGAUGUAUACUACGUGCUGAGUGAGUCCAACGGGCAGUUCUUCUUCCACGACGGAGACCGCCGCAUCCCCAUCACUCCUAUGCCCGAUACUCCUAAUGAUGCAGAAGAUCAAAAGACCGACGACGAUGAAGACAUUAAGGAUAUAAAGAUAGUGAAAGUUGAAGGCUCCGAGCCCAACACUGAACCGAAGGAGCUGAGGCAAGGUGUCGAAAACAACACAAAGACAGAUCAUCCAGACAUUGCUAGUUUCCUUCCAUCAGAAUCGAUGUCCCUUUCGCCGUCGCGGCUGUUGCGCGACGCGGAGGGCUGGCUCGAGGGCUCCGUGCAGGACUUCUCCCUGAGCAGCUUCCUAGGACACCUAGAAGGACGGCCGCAGCCCGAGCUGGUGAUGGACUCUCAACUGCACUCUCUCAUGGCGGAAUCGAGCGUGGACUAUGUCGCCAAGUUCGCUGACCUCGCUGCUGAGGUUACGGACGACCCCGACCUUACUGAUGACCUCACA